AUGGCCCACUGGCAGCAGCCCCCAAGAAAUUAUGGCAGCAGGGAAAACCCCCAAAGAUUCAAUCAGCAAGAUUUCAACUCUUUGCGUGACUGGUGUCUGAGCCACGGGAGGCUAUUUGAAGAUGACUUCUUUCCCGCCAGCGUCCACUCCAUCGGGCAGCACCUCCAUGAUAGCAACCUUAAUGUUUUCGAGUGGAAGAGGCCAUGGGAGCUAUCAAGGAGUCCUGCCCACUUUAUUCUGGAAGGAACCAGCAGGUUUGACAUCCAACAAGGAAAAUUAGGUGACUGUUGGGUUCUAGCGGCGCUAGGUUCUUUGACCCAGCAUCCGAAGUUUCUGAAAGACAUCAUCCCUGUAGACCAAAGCUUCACACAGCAGUAUGCAGGAAUAUUUCAUUUCCGGUUCUGGCAAUGCGGACAGUGGGUGGAUGUGGUGGUGGAUGACCGUCUGCCCGUCCAAGGUCAGAACUACCUGUUCGUCCAUCCUCGCCAGCACAGCAAUGAAUUCUGGCCCUGCCUGCUGGAGAAAGCCUAUGCCAAGUUGCACGGCUCCUACUUCAGAUUGCAUGGCGGCCACCUCUCAGAGGCCCUGGUGGACUUCACGGGGGGUGUGGCGAUGUGGAUCAACAUGCAGGAAACCUCUCAAGACCUGGUGAGAAGGGUGCAAGAAGCCGCUGCGUCGGGGUCCCUGAUGGCCUGCGCCACCUCUCAGGGGCCCACCAGGAUGGACAUGAAGUUGGAGAAUGGAUUAGUGAGUGGCCACGCCUACACAGUGACUGGAGCUAAAUGGAUUCGAUGUGGGAACGACUGGGAAGCAAUCAUCCGAGUGUGGAACCCCUGGGGCUCUUGGGAGUGGAGAGGACGCUGGAGCGAUGGAUCUGAGGAGUGGAGAAAGUGCCAAGACCCAAGGAAGAACGAGCUUUAUGAGAACAAGGAAGAUGGGGAGUUUUGGAUAUCAUAUCAAGAUUUCCAGGAGCACUUUUCCACACUGUACAUCUGCAAUGAGACUCCAAUUCCCCUGAACUGUGAAGACGCUCCCAGUGGGAAAUGGAACCUAAUCAAGUACGAGAACCAACGGAUUCGAGGCAAUCCCAUCAGGGGUGGAAGGCCCUCUAGCCAUGGUGCUUUUAGGAAAAACCCUCAGUAUUUGAUUUCUGUGACCAAACCAGUGGAAGGCGAAAAUGUAGUGGUGACGUUCACCAUCGUGCCCACCAGCAGCAAGUCCGAAGACAUGUUUAUACCACUUUCUUUUCAGGUCUUCAAGGUGGACCCUCAGUUCCAGGGAAUCAAGGAGGACUUGCCCCCCGAGUUUUUUUCCCAAUUCAGAAAUCCUGUGCAAGGAAUCAGUUUCAAGUCCAGGCGGCACGUCACAAAAUACUUCCACCUGCCCCCCGGGACCUAUGUUGUGGUUACCUUUGUGAACCAGGAGGAGCAGGAGGUUGAAUUCUUCUUGCGAAUCUUCCAGAAGGAACAGGAUACUCACAGGAACCCUAAUAAAUUCAGCUUCAGAGAACUGAAGGACAGUCUUCCAGAAGGCAGUUCCUCAAAAUACAAGUUCCAAAGAUACACUCAGCAGGAUUUCAGCAUUGACGCAUCCCAGCUGCAAAGCUUUCUCAAUGGAGAAUUCCUUAAAGGUAACUCUCUGGGACCUAGGAGGAAUGAGUUCACCCUUCCUGAAUGCCGGAGCAUUGUGGCCCUGCUGGAUCUCCAGGUUAAUGGACGACUUGACCGAAGUGAAUUUAAUCGGCUGUGGCAGCACCUCGUCAGAUAUCAGGACAUCUUCCAGAAAGUGGACAAGAAGAAGUCUGGAUUCCUUCUGGGUUCCGACCUGUGGAAAGCGGUGCAGGAAUCAGGCUUCUCCAUCAGUGAUGAGCUGUUGGAACGUAUGGUCCUCAGGUAUGGCGAUGAAGCAGGGAGGAUCAGCUUUCCAGACCUUGUCUGCUUCCUGCUCCGACUGCAAAUCAUGGCAAAAGCUUUCCGCAAGCUAACAGAAGAUGGGAUAGGACUUUACCUGACAGAAACUCAGUGGAUGCAUCUGUCCAUGUACAGCUGAGACAGUGAAUUGUCCUUAUGUGACAGGUGUCUUGGGAGCUGCUUGUCAGGAUGCAGUAGAACCCUAUCCCAAACCAGAAGCAAUCGAGAAAGCUUUCGGCAGGCUCGGCCAACGGCUGAUUGAUUGAGCCAGGUUGUGGCUAGCCCAGAAGCCCGUGAGCAGUGUCUGAGGAUCCCCUGUCUGGCCAAGUUGGACUGCCGUGGGGCAGGGGCGGAUCUCUCCCCAAAGUGGGGACUCCCGGCCUUACCUCUGUCCUGUGCCCAGUGUGAGAAAGGAGAGAGAAGAGGGCAUAACUCCAGUUAAGACCCAAAAACCAGACAUUUCUCAGCAACCCCUUGGAGAAGGAUGCUUCCUGCUGGCCCAGAUGGGAGCUCACCUCCAUCCUCCCUCGCACAGGA